AUGGCCCUCGACGCAGCGCUGUUCACGCUCCAGUUCGUGCGCAGGAGGAACGAGCCAAGCAUCGUCGAUAUCUACCCGAGCUCGGCCGGGUCCAGUGCAAGCACAGCUCCUCCCGUGCCUUCCAAGGACACUGACGAUGACCCUAGCAAGCCAGCGAGCUCGAAGCCGACACCCUUCACGGGAACAAUACCAGAUGUUGCUGCUCAGCGCGCCCUGGCGCUCGAAUACAUCGACUACUCCAAGCUCACGCCGAGCUACACCCGCGUCAGGGCGACCAACUACACGCAGUACAGCUCCAUCUUGCUCGACGGCUUGAUCCAAGACUGCCUGCUCGCCUCCAUAUCGCAACCCUACACCGGCACAAAGAAGAAGCACAUCCAGCUCUACAAUCCCGAUGCCCAAGUCGAGCUAGAAAAGCGCUCCAUGACCUUCCAGCAAUCGUGGCGCUUCCACUUUGGCGACGUGCACUCGCAGCAGCUCGAGGAGUUUUCGUGGAAGCGCGAAGGGAGCCCGUCCAGAGGCUCGUCUACACAGUCGGCGUACGUGUGCGAGGUGAUCCGCAAGCCCGAUCCGAGCGUGCUCGCGGCGCAGUAUCGACCACCCGUCGCAAAGGGCAAGCCGGGCACGCUGCAGCUCAUGGACUACAACUUGAACCGGCUCGACGUUCAGGAUAAGAAGGGACUCGAAGUGGCUCUCGUCAUGACGCUCAGUGCACUGCUCGAUCAGGAGUACGACGACAAGAUCGCCGCGCGUGGCGAGCACAAUCUGUACAUGUGCACCAGCGGUAUUCCCACCGACCUCAGCAUGCAGGGCUACAGUGCAGCCUGGCGCGAGAUGGAGGCUCGACAUCAGCCUCACGCCUCUUCUAGCGUGGGCAACUCCGGACCGAGGCCGAGUACGCCUGGUGGUCGGCAGCCGUCUCUCAGACGAAAUACAAGUCAAGAGUAUGACGCGGCGAUGGUGGACCGAAUCGCCAGCCUCGAGCCCAACGAGAUGCUCGUCUCCAAGUGGGGUGCGAUCGACGGGUAUGUCGAGCACGCACUCUCGCUGCUGCGGUGCGACGCCGGUGGCCAGUCGAUGUACCUCAUCGCACUCCACUCGGACUCGCCCGAGACCGCGCCCAAGCUGGUGCAGAUCGCGGCGGCGAUCAAGGCGGCCUACUACCGGCUGCCGGACGACGCCAAGGGCACGGUGUACGGUCGACCCGCCAGCACGAGCGGCAUCGAAGAUGAGCUGUACCAGUACGUGCAGACGCUCGACGCCGAGGCUGCGGCACCUUCGACCCCGACACCAGAGACGGCUUCGCGCAGACGUGUGAUUCGGCUCGAUCCACCAUCGCCGAACGAAGCGCCUUCGUCGCCAGGAAGCUCUGCGCGUCAAGGUGCGGCGUCGUACAAGCCGCCGAGCAAGCUCAAGCUCAUUUUGUCCAAAGAGAGGAUUCAGGAGCUCGAGCCCAAACGCCUCGAUGAGGCACAGCCCACGCCUCUGCAUCCCACACAGCCGUCGUCGAGUCCAGCGAGAGUCCAGGCCAACGCGGGUCUCAAUGUGCCCCCGCAACCGCCUCGACCCAGCCGGCCCACUUCGCCAGCAGCCCCGCCCGAGCCGCAACCCGAGCGUGGGGGCAAAGGCAAGGCCCUCCUGUCCAAGCUCGGCCUGCAUCACUAG